UCAUUCUGAUUGUUUUAUUGGGCAUUGCAAUUGUUUUGGAUGGAGUUAUCGUUGCAGGUGCCUCACGUUUUGCCUCUGUAUUGCUCUCCUUGUUUUGCUCUCCUUGUUUAUUCACUUACAACACUUGGUUUUAAUCAAAUCAAAUUGUAAUUAAACAGACUACUCACAAGAUGUUAGUGAUAUUCGGCAACAUCUACAGGUGAACUUAAUUUGACCUCUAAACUUUUGAAUGCACAUCCGACUGUUUAAUGUUUCAGUACUUUUUGCACAACUUGCUGUCGCCUAACAAGGAGCUGAACGACAAGGAUGUCCAAUUCUAUACCUUUUGGAGACUUCCAGCCUCUCUGUAGCUCUGUUACAACCUGCUAAUGCUGAGGACACUAUGUGACCCUCUAAGCUCAGUGGCUUCUGAGAACAUCCUGUUUAAAGGCUCACAAUGGUGAGCCUAGUGUUGCUCUAUUGUUAGGUGUCUUGGUCUCAUGAUGUCAAAAUUUGAACAGCAUGAUGCAGAGAACUAUUUCAAUACCAAUUCUAAUUGAACUACUAAAUUUACAGCUUUGUAAUCUAUUGAUCAAAAACCCACGUUGAAUUUUGCCAUUCUGCUUGGGGAACAGCAAGCAGUGCAAAAAGUACUGAAUCAUUGAAGAAUUGGACAGAGUGGUGGUUUCUGGAAUGUGCGGUAUCUGCAGUCGCACAGGAGGGCAGCAGCUUAUUCAGAGAUCUCUGUUUGGGGGCGGAACUGAAGAUAGUUUUAUGUUUGUAGAAAGUAACUGGGAAAGUUGCGGUCGCCUUUGUAUUGUGGCGAUGUUGAGUCAAAUAAAGAAAGGUCUAGGGCAUGCUAAGCUCGCUAAAGAAGUGGAUCUUUCAUAUAGCAACAGCAGCAGAUACGCACUUGUGGCAAGUGUACAACAAAACGUGGAAAAGAGGCAGUGUGUCAAUACACAGAACACCACGCACACUCAUGGUACAACAAAACGACAGUACAACAAAACAAAAACCAAAAGGUAAGAAAAACACACAUAAAAAAACAAUCCAUCCAUCCAUCUUCUUCCACUUAUCCGGGUUGGGUCACGGGGGCAGCAGCUUUAGCAGGGAGGCCCAGACUUCCCUCUCCCCAGCUACUUCAUCCAGCUCUUCUGAGGGAUCUCGAGGUGUUCCCAGGCCAAUCGGUAGACAUAGCCUCUCCAGUGUGUCCUGGGAUGUCCCAGUACGACGUGCCCGGGACACUUCUCUAGGGAGGCGUUAGGAUGCCCAAGUCACCUCAUCUGGCUCCGCUAGAUGCGGAGGAGCAGCGGCUUGACUCUGAGCCCCUCCCGGAUGACAGAGUUUCUCACCCUAUCUCUAAUGGAGAGCCUGGACACCCUGUGGAGGAAACUAAUUUCUGCUGUUUGUAUCCGCGAUCUUGUUCUUUAGGUCAACUACUACGACCCACAGCUUGUGAUCAUAGGUGAGGAUUGGACCGUAGAUCAACAGGUAAAUUGAGAGCUUGGCCAUUUGUCUCAGCUCCUUCUUCACCUGAUGGCCACGUGAUGUUUGCAGAGACAUGUCAACCAGGACAGCCCCAUAACAUCCAGAAGCUUGAGGAACUCUGGGCCUUUUUAGGAACAACUACUAUUACUAUGGAAAAACACAAACAUGGCCUAUGAAUUACGACUGACAUAAAGCAUCAAGCACUUUAAACUGUUAUGGUUAUAGUGCAAUUUAGGUUCAACCUGAAAUUUCAAACCCAAAACCAAAUAUCCCUAACUUUCCAAAUAACUAAGCCAAUUAACGCCACUGAGGAUUACCUGAAAAAUCAUUCCAAGCCUUUCAAGUACGCAUUGUUGGGCAUACUCGGAGCAGGUUAUGUGGCAUACUUCAUUGCAGCCUGUGUUUUGGAUUUCCAGAGGGCCACUGCUCUGGUGGUCAUCACCUGUUUGGCUGUUGUGUCCAAGUCCUAUGACCUUGUGAAGAAAUACAAGGGGAAGAGCAUCAGUCGGUGUUUUAGACCUGUCGUACAAGCCUUGAAAUCCAACUUAAGGUGGCUCAAAUGGGUCUUCAUUGUGAUUGUUGUGGUCCUGCUCGCACUCUGGCUUGUGCUAGACACACGGCAGCGUCCCGAGCAGCUUAUUUCCUUCGGAGGUGUGUGCAUGUUCAUCCUGCUCGUGUUCCUCUGCUCAGCCCACAGGACAGCAGUGUGCUGGAGGCCUGUAUUUUGGGGCCUUGGGUUGCAGUUCUGCAUCGGACUUUUUGUCAUCAGAACCGAGCCUGGACUUGUAACUUUCCAAUGGCUCGGACGACAAGUACAGAUUUUCCUGGACUACACCAAAGAAGGAUCAUCAUUUGUUUUUGGAGAUUUGAUCGGCGGGAUCUUUGCCUUUCAAGCUUUGCCUAUCGUCGUAUUCUUCAGCAGCGUGAUGUCCGUGCUUUACUUUUUGGGCUUAAUGCAGUGGCUCGUCCUGAAGAUCUCAUGGUUUAUGCAGAUAACAAUGGGAACCUCUCCCACAGAGACCUUGAGUGUAGCAGGCAAUAUCUUUAUCGGACAGACAGAGGCACCGCUGCUGAUUCGGCCCUAUUUAAAGGACAUGACCAAAUCUGAAAUCCAUGCUGUUAUGACUGGAGGAUUUGCCACAAUUGCAGGCAGUGUCAUGGGAGCAUUCAUCUCAUUUGGGAUUGAUGCAUCCUCCUUGAUAUCAGCCUCGGUCAUGGCUGCUCCCUGUGCGCUGGCCUUUGCCAAGCUGUCUUACCCAGAGACAGAAGAGAGCCCCUUCAAGUCAGAGGAGACUAUCAAAGUGGCUUGUGGAGAUGAGCAGAACAUUCUGGAGGCAGUCAGCAGCGGAGCGUCAGCCUCCAUCGGUUUGGUUGCCAACAUUGCCGCAAACCUCAUUGCCUUCCUUGCCAUCCUCGCCUUCAUUAAUGAAGCUUUGAGCUGGCUCGGAGGCAUGGUGGGAUACCCCGAUGUCACCUUUCAGCUAUUUUGCUCGUACAUAUUCAUGCCCCUGGCCUUCAUGAUGGGAGUGCCGUUCGAGGAGAGUUUUACCGUCGCCGAGCUGAUCGGCAUAAAGCUUUUUCUGAACGAGUUUGUGGCCUACAAGAAAUUGUCUACACUGAAAAGCAACAGAAUCAACGGACUGGAUGCUGUAAUUGGCGGUAAAAGACAGUGGAUUUCAGUCCGAUCAGAAAUAAUUAGCACCUACGCUCUCUGUGGCUUUGCCAACUUCAGCUCUCUAGGCAUCAUGAUUGGAGGACUAGCCUCUAUAUGCCCAUCUAGAAGAAGUGAUGUCUCAGCUCUGGUGUUGCGAUCCAUGAUCACAGCCACAUGCGUCUCGCUUGUCAAUGCUUGCAUCGCUGGGAUCUUAUUCGUUCCUUCACUCGACUGUGUGAAACUGUUCAAAGAAUCUGUUUUCAACGACACAAAUGUGAACGUGCAGACCUGUUGUAAUGACCUCUUUGGAAGUGUUGUCAACAACGGGACCAUCUCCUUUGAAGGCUCGUGGAGCACGGUGGUAAACGCCUCCGUGUAUUUGGCCAAAUGCUGUCAGUGCUGUGGUGUCUCUCAUGAGACACUUUGUUUGUAAAGGAAGACUUGUACAGUAUGUUUCCUUGAUUUGUAGUUCGGUCACACUGGUUUUCCUGAGUCUGGUUGGAAUGGGGUGGUGCUGUGGUAGACUGGUUAGAGCGUCUGGCUCACAGUUCUGAGGACCGGGGUUCAAUCCCCGGCCCUACCUGUGUGGAGUUUGCAUGUUCUCCGCGUGCCUGCGCUGGUUUUCUCCGGGCUCUCCGGUUUCCUCCCACAUCCCAAAAACAUGCAUGGUAGGUUAAUCGAAGACUCUAAAUUGCCCGUAGAUGUGAAUGUGAGUGCGGAUGGUUGUUUGUUUGUAUGUGCCCUGCGAUUGGCUGGCAACCGGUUCAGGGUGUACCCCGCCUCCUGCCCGAUGAUAGCUGGGUUAGGCACUCCAGCACUCCCGCGACCCUUGUGAGGAUAAGCCGCUCAGAAAAUGGAUGGAUGGAUGGUUGGAAUGGCCACUUCAACCUGUUUACAACACACCAAAAAUUUUGAAAAUUGGAUGAUGGGUUCCGGAGAGUUUUUUUGUGUGAGGAAAAAAAGGCCUUUGGGGAAUGUUUUUCACCUAUAGAACAUCUGGUCAAAAAACACCUUCAAAUUAGAGUAAAAUAGUAUAACUUCUUUCUCAACACAUCUCCUCAACCCUUUGUUUCGUCUGAUACUCAGUAACCCCUUCUCUGACCGGCAGACAAGUUGCAGUUGAAAAUAUCCACCAAAAAGCUUGUACGGGCCAAAAUUCCCAGGGGUUCUUCAAGUUGAUGCGUCAAAAUUAACGUGACGUUUCAAAUUAUGUGACUUGCCCUAAAAGCUCGACUUUAAAAGUUCAAAUGGAACAUUACCGGUGAGAAGAGCAGUCUGUGCAAGACAUUGGGCCAGGUACUGUCGUAAUCAUUUGAUUUAUCCUGAAUUUAUUUUAUAUGGAGGAUUUUAGUGGUGUUUGAAGAGCUCAGUCUUAAAUUCCAUAAUUCCACAUAAAUGGCAGCCACUUGCCACGUUGUUAAUUUUACUCGUUUAUUUUUACUUCCACUCUUGAAAAGCAAAAAAUUAAUUGAUGAAUAAACAUUAGUUGUACAGUUUGUAGGUCACAUUAAUGGUUGAGAAAGUUUUGAAAUGAUUUAUCUUGGUCUCAUUUUUUUUUUCUACCACAAAAACCUGGCAUUUUUUUUAUAUCCACCGAACGUCUUUAAAUAGGCAAUCAUAGAAAUUGCCUGUUAUAAGGCAAAUAUUCAACAGGGUAGCGUACCACAUUAAUACUGUAAAGUGAACAACUAUGGUUAUAAAGAUUUAGAUUUUUAUUUCCUAAGUGUAUUACACACCAUAGUGUUUUAAGACAGAUGUAAAGUAACUGUUAUGUAUUGUAAAUGAAUUAAGUAGUUUAAUUUUAUUGUGUUGAGUGUCAAAAGAAAAAUAUCUCUGGAUUCCUUCAGGUAUCAGCUGUUUGAUGAAUGUAAAUAGCCAAUAAUUGGAUUCAAAAUGUUUGAAUGGAUUAUUAUGCAUGUUGUUGUACUGGAUUAAAAAAAAAAAUAAAGACCCAUGAAGACUGAAA